AUGGCGAUAAGUGGCGUAGGUGGCGAAUAUGAGGACGAAGAUCAGGCGCUAGCCAUUAGUGAUGACUACCGGCCAGGGCAAGUAAACGUCGACGUCGACGCAUCUUCAAAACAUCCAUCUCGAGAAUACUGCUGGCCAUCAUCGAAGCAGCUAACUGGCCAUGGGCCCAUCAUGCACUGCCAACGACCAGACAGGCUUCCCAAUACCUGCCUCCAGUGUACGGAUCUUCUCCAGCUCGCAAUUAGCGCUGCUAUCAGUACAAAGCUGGAAAGCUACUCUGGCCGAACAAUAAGGCUGACAAUCCAGUUGGAACAUGUCCAGUCUAUAGGGGUAAGGGUCAACUUUCAUUUGAUCAACAAUGAAGGAGCUAAUCUACAAUAUGAAUUGUACCCGUUUACGAGGAAUCAUCUAAACCCUUUAACAAAAGGGCAAAGGCAUUUCCUAGCAACUUUAAUGAUCCGAGCCUGCGUUGUAAGUCGAUGGUCGUCAUGUUCGCUUGGACUUAUUCUCGAACAUAGAUUCACUCCCUCUCCUUGUUUUCUUCACGAACCACUGGUUUCCGAAUUUCUGAAGAAGGUCCUUAGGAAGCUUCCUGCUUUCCGUCGCGCGGACCCCCCUGAGGUUUUCGAGGUGUCUGAGAUGAACACCGAAGAUCUUGGAGACGCAGGGGCUGGACGUCGACACCGUGGUUAUGGCAAUGUCGACAACUUGGGCGGCAAAUCUCGUCUUAGCUACUCACAACUCCAACACAAGCCCCACGCCCAAAUUGGGCACAAUGCAAAUUUCGAACGUGUAGGGACCACAUACAGACUCCAUGUAUAUACAAGCGCAGGCACCUCAAAUUGGUAUCGACGUUUACUUCCUAAGGCAUUGGCACAAUAUUUCUUGGAGGGCAGGGAGUGUCUUGGUGAAGUCGGUAAACAUUUAGGGAAAGAUAUACCAUAUAAAAAAUUACAAGGAAACCAUAGGCCACUUUGGCUAGGCGUGCUUCCCUAUAUGUUUACGUACUUCAAAACUAAUAUACUGUUCUUCCUAAGAGUGUCAGGUCCAUUUAUUUAUACGGUCUUUCUACAAUGCAAAGUGCGAACUAAUUUCAAGAGGCUUCGGUGUGAGUUUGUGGAAAUAGCGAAGCUCGACUAG